UUCCUCUUCUCACCUGUGCGAACACUUCUGGAAGUAGGCAAGCAGGCCUCUACCUGCCCCUGGGCUCCCCAGCCUGCCUCUUUACGCUAAGCCUCAGCCCUCUGUGUAGGCAGCUGAGUGACAAACUGCUGCAGCCUCCUGAAGAAAGCAGGCAGAUAGAAGGAACAUCACCUCUCCGCCGCAUCGCUUCAGGAACUCAAAAUGGCUCUCCGUUGGGGAAUCUGCUCCGCUGGGAAGAUCAGCCAUGAUUUCAUCGUGGCCUUGAAGACUUUGCCGGCAGUGGAUCACAAGGUAGCCGCCAUCGCUUCUCGAGACCUCAAGCGCUCCCAGGAAUAUGCCAAGCAGCAUAAUAUUCCUAAGGCCUAUGGAUCGUACGAGGAGUUGGCAGCGGACCCUGACAUAGACGUGGUCUAUGUGGGGUCGGUCCAUACUCAGCAUCAUGCACUCGUCCUCCUCUUCCUCCGUGCGAAGAAGAACGUCCUGUGUGAAAAACCCAUGGGCAUGAAUGCAGCAGAAGUCUGGGACAUGGUACAAGUGGCUCGAGAGAACAAUGCAUUCCUCAUGGAGGGCUUCUGGACAAGAUUCUUCCCUGUAUCCGAGCAGAUCCGCACUCUGCUAAGUAAGAAGGAUCUUGGGGACUUAAGGGUGCUUCGAGCUCAACUAGGCUUUCGGAUGGAUGACAUCCCAAGGCUGGUGGAUAAAGAACUGGGUGGAGGCGUCAUUUUGGACUUGGGCUGCUACCUCAUUCAGUUUGCAUCGAUGAUUUUUGGGCCUGAGAAGCCACAAAGCAUUACGGCCUCAGGGUUCCUACUUGAGUCAGGAGCGGAUGAAACUGUUGGCAUCGUCCUCAACUACUCAGGGAACCGGCAGGCUGUGCUUAAUUGCACCAUGAUGAUCAAUCUACCAGGAGAGGCAUUAAUUGGGGGAACUGAUGGGAUCAUCAAGAUCCCCAACCACAUGAACAGCCCCACAGUCAUGUUUCUCAAAGGAAAGCGGUGGGAAUGGCCCCUGCCAACUCCUCCUGAACCGCUGUUCUUCGAGAACGACAUUGGGCUGCGAUACGAAGCUGAACAUGUCCGGCAGUGCCUACUGAAGGGUUUGAAGGAAAGUCCUAUCAUGCCUUUACACGAGAGUGAAAUCAUAGCAACCAUCUCUGAUGAAGCACGAAGGCAAGUGGGUGUGAUCUACGAACAAGAUCGUGUCCAAUGUAUCAACCAAUCUAAGAGCAGUAAAUAAAAUUUCAAUUUUUUUUGUCAGAAAACAUUCUAGUACCUGAAGAAUGGCUACAUUUAUGAAUGCUGUUGAGUACUGUCUGGGUGAGCGCAUGGAAACUUUGUCUACCUGGAAAACAAAUUAUCUUAAAAUGUGGCCAGGAUAUAUUCUCCCUGCAUCUACUGUUGUUUUAAAACACCUAGCCCUUAGAGUUAUUACAUGCCCGUUAAUUCCUCAAAGGGAUGGAACUCAGGGGAGAAAUGGUCAUCCCUCGCUAAUCUAGCUACUCCCAUUGGUUGGAUGUAUUUCACACAGCCAUAAUUAGCAUUUUUACCAAGAUGAGGUAAGAAGUCAUUAUUUUGAGUUAAAAUAUUUAUCUCCCGCUCCUUAUUGCCAAUACUCACAAAUCCUAGUGUGUUCUCUCUAAUGGUACCUAAACGGAACAUUUAUAGAAGAGGGAAAUUGAGAUCUCUGGUGCAUGCCUAAAAUGGACAUGCCGGCAGAAUCAAAGGUGAUGCUAAUAAAUUUGGUUACUGGAGGGUCAGCAAUUGAGAGAGAUGCAAGUAGGCCAAACAUGUUAAGAAGUGUGACAUAAGUAAAACAGUUCAUGGCAUGGAGCUGAAGUUCAUUCUAACUAAGACUAUUCUCAUACUUAAGACGGGUUCAGCAGUUGGGAACCCUACUGUCAAAGCAUGAAUAGGUUUGUGUACAGCACAAGGCCAAAAGACGGAAGGGCUUCUAAUGCACCAAGUGACAGGACUGAGCACUAGAUCAGAAGUGAAGUGUCAA